GGGGGGCGAAGAGGAAACUCCGCAUUGAGUGUCAGGCCGGGUGAGGAAGGGAGUUCAAGGGGAGACACUCGGGAGUCGCUACCUACAGGCGGGAGCCACCCAGCUAGAGCCGGGGCUGCUGGCUUUCUGCCCUUUCUCCCGCCUCCCCCCCCCACCGCUUUCCCUCCCGGCUUCCCACGGAUACGAGCCAGCGAGCUGUAUUGGCAGAUUUACCACCAGGAGUCUUUAAACUGGAGACAGGGAGAGGACAUCCUUCAAAUCCAUAUCCUGGUGGCCGAUGAUGAAGGCAUUCAAGGACUCUUUCCCAGAGCUGCUAGGCUUCUCUAAGAGCUCUGGCACUUUGCUGCUAAACGUGUCCAAUUAAUCCACGUGGGAAUGUGCUUGCAGAGGGGGAGAGGCCCAGUCCGAUCUGUUUAUAGCUCAGCUGCUGGCAGGGGGGGACAGGUCCUUAAGCAGUACUAAGAAGGAUGGAGCCACAAAAGAAUCUGCUGGGCACGUGCUCUGAUGCACUGAUUUGACAGUGUUGGAUUGUAGACUCCCUUAUUCCAGAGUGGCUGUGGCUGUGGCUGAUGUUGAAAGCCACAGUGCAUGCUUGCAUGCUCAUGGGAUGAAAAGACAGCAUUGAUUUUCAACAAGAUUAUGCAUCUGAUUGGAAAGUGGUAACUCUCAGUCCAAACUGGGCUUGUGAUCAGCAUGAUUUUGUCAGGGAUAACAAAGCAGCAGAAGUACCAGCGCCCAAAUUCUCUUGGGGGACAGCAGCCAGAAAAGCCAGAUGAGAGCUUCAGGUCCAAGAGCUUGCCGGUUCUGAAUGGAUCUGUUCCACCGAUUAACACCUCACAAAGUGCUCUCAUUACAGCCAAAAGGAACUUACAGAGCUUCGAGGGGGGUUCUGAUCAGAGAUGUGGCCUUGACCCUGACACAUUAGCACAUCGCAGCAAUGUUGCUGCUGCUGCUACUGUUUCUUCCAGGACUAUGUUCUCUUUUACAGCUUCCAGCUUUUCAAGAAUUGGGAGUUUUGCUGAAAGAACAGGCUGCAAUAACUCUGCCAGCAUUAGUAAAGGGGUUUCACCAGCUUCUACACUGCUGGCAAUCCCAGGUAGAAAAUUUCUCAAUGUAGUAUUGAUAGAUUCUAGGUUCUUCCUGGUGUGCAUGUGCUUCCUGACUUUCAUCCAGUCCCUUAUGGUCUCUGGCUAUCUGAGCAGUGUUAUCACCACCAUUGAAAGGAGGUACAGUCUGAAAAGUUCUGAGUCUGGGCUGCUGGUCAGCUGUUUUGAUAUUGGCAGCCUGGUGGUAGUGGUUUUCAUCAGUUACUUUGGGGGACGAGGACGAAGGCCUCUGUGGCUUGCUGUCGGUGGAUUAUUUAUUGCACUUGGGGCUGCCAUGUUUUCUUUACCUCAUUUCAUCUCUCCACCAUAUCAGAUCCAGGAAUUGAACUCUUCUGUCUCUAAUGACGGCUUGUGCAUGACUGGCAAUAACUCCAAAGACCAUGCGGAGUCGCCAGAGUGUUUCAGGGAUUCAGGUGGAAAGGACCACUCACUCUAUGUAGCUUUAUUUAUUUGUGCCCAAAUUCUCAUUGGCAUGGGCUCCACACCCAUCUACACCUUGGGACCAACCUACUUGGAUGACAAUGUCAAGAAAGAAAACUCAUCACUCUACCUAGCCAUCAUGUAUGUAAUGGGAGCACUUGGUCCUGCAGCAGGAUAUUUAUUAGGCGGAGUUCUUAUUGGAUUUUAUGUGGAUCCUAGAAGUACUGUUUAUAUUGACCAGAGUGACCCUCGUUUCAUCGGUAACUGGUGGAGUGGGUUCCUCCUUUGUGCCACUGCGAUGCUUUUUGUCAUACUUCCAAUGUUUACUUUCCCCAAAAAGCUUCCACCUCGACAUAAGAAAAAGAAGAAAAAGAAGAUGCAUGCUGAUGAUGUUUCAAGUGAUGAUGAUAUUGUAAAAGAAAAAGCAAACAGCAAAACUCAGGUAGACCAUGAAGUCCCUGCUUCAAUGGGAUUUGGAAAGAACGUUAGAGAACUUCCAAGAGCAGCUGUCAGGAUCUUAAGCAACAUGACAUUCCUUUUUGUGAGUUUGUCAUACACAGCCGAGAGUGCCAUUGUUACUGCUUUUAUUACCUUCAUCCCCAAGUUCAUCGAGUCACAGUUUGGCAUCCCCGCUUCUAAUGCCAGCAUCUACACUGGUGUGAUCAUUGUUCCAAGUGCUGGUGUUGGUAUUGUCUUAGGGGGCUACAUUAUAAAAAAACUCAAGCUCAGUGCAAGAGAGUCUGCAAAGCUGGCAAUGAUCUGCAGUGGUGUGUCUUUGCUGUGUUUUUCAACACUGUUCAUUGUUGGAUGCGAAAGCAUUAAUCUAGGGGGGAUAAACAUACCAUAUACUACCGGUCCUACACUCACCAUGGCACAUAGGAAUCUCACUGGGAGCUGUAACGUCAACUGUGGCUGCAAAAUCCAUGAAUAUGAACCUGUGUGUGGGUCAGAUGGAAUCACAUAUUUCAACCCUUGUCUGGCUGGUUGCAUCAGCAGUGGAAAUCAUAGCACAGGGAUAAGAAAUUAUACAGAAUGUGCCUGUGUCCAAAGCAGACAAGUUAUUACACCACCGACAGUUGGACAGCGCAGUCAGCUGAGAGUGGUGAUCGUCAAAACAUAUCUCAAUGAGAAUGGUUAUGCUGUGUCUGGGAAGUGUAAUCGAACCUGCAAUACACUCAUUCCAUUUCUCAUUUUUCUCUUCAUUGUUACGCUCAUCACAGCAUGUGCCCAGCCAUCAGCAAUCAUAGUAACACUCAGGUCUGUGGAAGAUGGUGAGAGGCCUUUUGCACUUGGGAUGCAAUUUGUUUUAUUAAGAACCCUUGCAUACAUUCCCACUCCAAUUUAUUUUGGAGCUGUCAUCGACACAACCUGCAUGCUGUGGCAACAGGAGUGUGGUGUGCAAGGCUCAUGUUGGGAAUACGAUGUGACGUCGUUUCGUUUCGUCUACUUUGGUCUGGCUGCUGGCCUAAAAUGUGUUGGAUUCCUGUUCAUUUUCCUUGCCUGGUACUCCAUUAAAUACAAAGAAGAGAAGCUGCAAAGGCAGAUGUGGAGGGGCUCAUCUAUCAACACAGUGAGUGAGGUGGUGGGGAACACCGGAGCUCAACAAAACUAUGCACGGACUAGAUCCUGCCCCGCUUUUAGCUCUCAAGGCGAACAUACUGAAGAUGCUGGCCCGUCACUAGGGAUGCAUUACAUAGCGCAGACCUAUCCUGGCCCCCUUACAGAAGCAAUAAAUGCCCCAGAUGAAAAGGUUUCAGAAGUACCCACUCCUGAGAUAUAGAGCCCUUUGGUAACCUCAAAUUUGGUUUGUUGGUCAGUUUUUAAGUAUGGGGCCUUUAGAAACACCCGUGCCUUCUUUUUCUUAACCUGAUCUGCAACAGAUAACAAACCAACAAAGCUUCAUGCACAGAGCCAUGACCUAUCUGAGGGCUGGAAACCUCAAAACAACCUAGGUAGCUCUUUCUUCCCUUGUUGGGAAGGGAGUUUUAAAACAUGUUUGUAAGUAUUUCAGCUGUGUCUGUUAAAUCCCCAAGUUCCAGGCAAGUGUUAAAAAAGGCAGAACUCAAGAGAAGAUUGACAGAAACGAAUAUCCAAAGUUACAAAACCAGUAAGGUAAUGCAUCCACAACUCCUGGACUGGGGAGGAGUAAGUAAUUAUUUUGACUUCUGUUUCAAAGCACAACUAAAACCAGUCUCAGCUAUGCAA